GCGCAUUUGCUUGUUAGCUAGCGUUUUGUAUUGGCUAAUCACCUCACACAGGCUGGCACUGUCACAGAAUGAACUUGGUAUUCUGCGUGGAGACGCAGCUCCAUACCAACAUGAUGGAAAAGUACAGGAAAAACAGGGCUCUGUUAACACUGUCUAGCGCCAACCCCGCAGGCUUUAGUACGAAUAGCAAUGUUUGUCUUUAAAGGGGUACUUGCUUCAUUUCCAUCCAUCCUUUACAUUCGCACUUGGAGCAGCUGCUGAGCCGAAUGAGACAUUUGCCCCACGUCUUCUUUCCACAUCUGCCGGCACGAGGGAAUAAAACCCUUAUCUUUUCCAGUAUAGCCCACGGGUGUUUAAUAGAACUAUCAUGGCCAUGUUCCUGCUGACAAGUCACCCUGUUACUGAGGGAUCUCUGCCUUUUUUGGUUUCUGGACCUACCAAAGCAGGGAUGAGAUAAUAAAGUUAACCAGUCGGUGCAUGCCGCUACAGCAACCCGUGGCACCUGUGAAACCCACCUUACCCCAUCCCCAGUAAAGUCAAUUUCAAACGGUCAAAAGAUGACAACGCCGGCUCUACUACCGCUGUCGGGCCGCAGGAUACCCACUCUGUCGCCGGGUGCCUCCUCCUUCCCGCACCAUAGGGCCACGUUGAGGCUCUCUGAGAAGUUCAUCCUCCUCCUCAUCCUCAGUGCCUUCAUCACCUUAUGCUUUGGGGCCUUCUUUUUCCUCCCAGACAAUUCCAAGCACAAGCGCUUUGACCUGGGCUUGGAGGAUGUGCUUAUCCCUCAUAUUGACACACCCAAGGAGGGCAAGCACGCCUCAGGACAGGUGAUCAUACAUGGACAGGGAGGACACGAUGAGCACAGACACAGGGAAGAGGAGGAGAGCCUGCGGGAUAAGAUCCGUGCAGACCACGAGCGAGCACUGCAGGAGGCAAAGGAGAAGCUGCGAAAGUCACGUGAGGAGCUCAAGGCCGAGAUUCAGACGGAGAAGAACAAAGUGAUGGAGGACCUGAAAAAGAAGGACGUAGGGCCCAAACCGUUGCCGCCGGUACCCAUGCCUAAGGUGGUGGGCGUGAGCGACGGCGAGCCCCCAGAACCCGACGUCAAAGAGAAACGAGACAAGAUAAGAGAGAUGAUGAAACAUGCCUGGGACAGCUACAGACAGUACGGCUGGGGUCACAACGAGCUAAAGCCCAUCGCCAAGAAAGGACAUUCCACAAAUAUCUUUGGUAGUUCUCAACUGGGGGCAACCAUCGUGGAUGCAGUAGAUACUCUGUACAUCAUGGGUCUGCACGAGGAGUUCAAGGAUGGCCAGGAGUGGAUUGAACAGAAUCUGGACUUCAGUGUGAAUGCUGAGGUGUCAGUGUUUGAGGUCAACAUUCGGUUCAUAGGAGGAUUGCUGGCUGCCUACUACCUCUCUGGACAGGAAGUUUUCAAACUGAAGGCAGUCCAGCUAGCUGAGAAGCUGCUUCCUGCCUUCAACACCCCCACUGGUAUCCCCUGGGCCAUGGUCAACCUUAAGAGUGGGGUCGGCCGUAACUGGGGUUGGGCGUCAGCAGGCAGUAGCAUCCUGGCUGAGUUUGGGACCCUCCACAUGGAGUUUGUUCACCUCACUUACCUGACAGGAAACCCAGCCUACUAUCAGAAGGUGAUGCACAUCCGAAAGCUACUAGCCAAAAUGGACCGACCCAACGGGCUCUACCCAAACUACCUGAACCCCCGGACAGGCCGCUGGGGCCAGCAUCACACGUCUGUUGGAGGACUCGGGGACAGUUUUUAUGAGUACCUGCUGAAGGCUUGGCUCAUGUCAGACAAGACUGACACAGAGGCUCGCAAGACCUACGAUGACGCCAUCGAGGCCAUCGAGCGCCACCUCGUACGCAAAUCCAACGGUGGCCUAACAUUCAUUGGCGAGUGGAAGAAUGGCCACUUGGAGAGGAAGAUGGGCCACCUGGCCUGCUUCGCCGGAGGCAUGUUUGCACUGGGCGCCGAUGGCUCACCUGACGACAAGGCCGGACACUAUUUGCAGCUAGGAGCCGAGAUCGCGCACACCUGCCACGAAUCCUAUGACAGGACAGUGCUGAAGCUCGGCCCAGAGGCCUUCAAGUUCGAUAGCGGCCUGGAGGCGGUGGCUGUUCGGCAGAAUGAGAAGUACUACAUCCUGCGGCCGGAGGUCAUCGAGACCUACUGGUACAUGUGGAGGUUCACCCAUGACCCCAAGUACCGACAGUGGGGCUGGGAAGCAGUACAGGCCAUUGAUAAGUACUGCAGGGUGAGUGGAGGUUUCUCGGGGGUGAAGGACGUCUACUCAUCCAAUCCAACCUAUGACGACGUGCAGCAGAGCUUCUUCCUGGCUGAGACACUCAAGUAUCUGUACCUGCUGUUCUCCAGCGAUGACCUGUUGCCCUUGGAGAACUGGGUUUUCAACACGGAGGCUCACCCACUGCCAGUCCUCCACCUGGGAAACAUCACCCUGCCCGGCAGCGAGCCCGCUCAGCGGUAAACGGGCUGGCACUUUUUUUGUGCACCACGGCACCAGGGGCCUGUUUGCCUGCCUACCCAGAAAAACCCACCCACGAACACCAGACAAACUUAUAAUUCAGACUCUCAACUGAUUUCUAACUGAGACCAUCAACCGGGGGGGUGGGGAGAGACCACUACAGAGCGAGAGGACCUGUUACUUUACUCGCUCUACUUCUAUGUUUUACUCUUUGACUCUGUCGAUCUGUCUUCUCUGCUCGAAUCUUAAGGACGGUGGGUGUGCUGCUCAGCCUCGUGUUUGGCUUGAAUCGACUCUUUUUACUGAAGGACAGAGCUCCAAACCAGAGGCGUGAUUAGCUUUUUUUUGUUAUCACUUUUAGUCUUUAUUUGAAGAAACUCCAAUGCAGACUCAAGCUGACACGCUGACAGCUGACUAUGAAGGAUUACAAAAACACUUUGACACUUAAACUGAUGAAAGUGUCAUGUUUUGUUUUGUUUUGUUUUGUUUUGUUUUGUUUUGUUUUGUUUU